GUUGAUUAGCAUCUACAACUCAGUCAGCCUUGAUAGAGUAAGAGAAAAGCAGAGCUAGCGACUUAGAGGCAGCAUUAACAAAGAAGAGUCAUGGCAGCCUCUGCAAUCCAACAGUCUGCAUUUGCUGGCCAGACCGCCUUGAAGCAACCAAAUGAUCUUGUCCGGAAGGUUGGUUCCUUUGGUGGUGGUCGUGUUACCAUGCGCAGGACUGUGAAAAGUGCUCCCCAAAGCAUAUGGUAUGGCCCAGACCGCCCAAAGUUCUUGGGUCCAUUCUCUGAGCAAACCCCAUCAUACCUGACUGGUGAAUUCCCUGGUGAUUAUGGAUGGGACACUGCUGGUUUGUCUGCAGAUCCUGAGACAUUUGCCAAGAACCGUGAGCUUGAGGUGAUCCACAGCAGAUGGGCCAUGCUUGGUGCACUUGGAUGUGUCUUUCCUGAAAUUCUUGCAAAGAAUGGUGUCAAGUUCGGUGAGUCAGUUUGGUUCAAGGCUGGAGCUCAAAUCUUCUCAGAGGGUGGCCUUGAUUACCUUGGCAACCCCAACCUCAUCCAUGCUCAGAGCAUCCUCGCAAUCUGGGCUUCCCAGGUUGUGCUUAUGGGAUUCGUUGAAGGGUACAGAGUGGGUGGAGGGCCACUUGGCGAAGGACUUGACCCCAUUUAUCCUGGCGGUGCCUUUGACCCACUGGGCCUCGCUGAUGAUCCUGAUGCAUUUGCAGAGUUGAAGGUGAAGGAACUCAAGAACGGCCGCCUCGCAAUGUUCUCAAUGUUUGGAUUCUUCGUUCAGGCCAUUGUCACUGGAAAGGGUCCUGUUGAGAACCUUUUGGAUCACCUUGCCGAUCCAGUGGCCAACAAUGCUUGGGCAUAUGCCACUAACUUCGUUCCUGGAAAAUGAAGAAACUCAGAUAGUUGCCUUGUAGCUUGUGACAUUAGUAAUUAGUCCUUGUGCUUUUGUUGAAAACUUCUGGUUCUGGACUCCACCAGUACUUGUGAUUUCAGCAGUGGAUAUUUUACAUGUAUCGGAAAAGUACUGUAUCCCCUUUUCACUAUGAACAUGAGACUCUUUUGUGCUUGAA